UCUUUCAAUCUCUGAAUAAAUAUACACUGGAUUUAUGUGUAUAUACUAACGUAUAUUGAGUCCCGGCCGCAAAACGAAAUAAAUUUAAGAUGCUGUCAGCUAUUGUCUUAGUGUUAGUGCUUUUGAAAGCGGCUUGUGGCUUCAUCGUUACCCUGGAUGCCCACGAGUCGAUGUGCUUCUACGACCACGCCAAUGUCAGCGACAAGGUGACCGUGUCCUUCGAGGUAAUGGAAGGUGGCUUCAAGGAUGUGGGCGUGGAGAUCGCAGGACCCGACGACGAUCGCCUGCACUACUCCAAGCAGGACACCUUGGGCAGCUUCACCUUUACGGCCAUGAAAGAGGGCCGGUACCAACUGUGCUUCGACAAUCAGAUGUCCACGCUGACGCCCAAGAUCCUAAUGUUCCAGUUUCACGUGGCCAGGGCCAUUGAGUUCUACAUGGAGUCCUCGAAGCGAGGUGACGACGUCAUCGAGCAGGCGGCGGUCCAGUCGAUGAUCAACCAACUCUCCGCCAAACUGGGAGCCGUAAAGAUGGAGCAGGAGUACAUGCACUUCCGCUAUCGCGGCCACUUGGAGGUCAGCGAUAUGGUGGAACUGCGAGUCCUGGCAUGGUCUAUAUUUGGACCAAUGAUGCUGAUCAUUACGGCCGUUCUGGAGGUAUACUAUCUCAAGCAAUUCUUCGAAGUCAAGCGCGUGGUUUAAACUGCAACUUGAGGAGCAAUUCAUCCGGUAAAAAAAAUCGCGAAUGGAUAGGAUUUAUAGGAUUUUAGAGUCUAUAUAUAUAUAAAGAAUUGUUUUAUUGCUUGAUUACAACUACCAA